GCUCUCUUUCUUGCAAAUGUUUCUAUAGACCCUGACGUUCCCGAGGCUGAAAUGUCAUCUAAAGUACCUCGCGUGACUCCUGUAGCAAUAAAUAACCUUUCACAACAACAUGUUGAUUUUAUUGGUUCCACUCCGUCGAGUAUUACUCGCGUUUUGACUUAUACUUCUCCACUCGUGCAUUUGUUCUCUUAUUUUUUAUCUUUGCUCUCAUGGUCAACAAAAAGUCCCUCGGAAUCAUGCUUACUUGUGGCUGCCUGGUGGACUAUUUGCCUUUAUCCCAAGGAGUUAAUAAUUUACGGUGCUCACAUUGGUUUAAUUUCUUGGAUCUGUUGGAACUGGGUUGAAAGAGGAAAGAGUGAGAGAUUAGGAAAGUCUAACUUUACAUUAGCGACUUCACAAUUAGAUCUAAAUAGAACCGUUCAAGAGAUACAUAACAUUUCAGAUAAACUCGCUUCUUUUCAUAAAGUUCUCAAUCAUGUGAAUUCUUAUAUUAAUUGGUCAGAUCCUGUACAAACACGAAAGGUUUUAUUUGGUUUAGCAUAUUCAUAUCCUGUAUGGAUUUUAUUCAACUAUUUUGUAUCGUUAUCAUGGAUAUUCAUAAUUGUUGGUACAUGUUUCUUUGUAUGGAAUAGUCCAUGGUCCAAAGUUAUUCGAUAUACCCUUAUGCAAUCUCAAUUAUUCAGUGGAUUUGUAAACUUUAUACUUGGUUUUCUACGUAGUGGAGGUUUGCAACAAGAGGGUAAAGUGUUUUCCGUUGGUACUAGGGAUUUAUCCGGUAUAUUUCGUAAAGUAAGAGAACAACAAAAAAAAUUUCCUUUAAGAAGUAUAUCUUCAAAGGAAGAUACAAAAACGACAUCUGUAGAUUUAAUAUAUCGGUUUGUUAUAUGUGAAAAUCAACGUUGGUGGCUUGGGUUAGAUUGGACAACAAAUUUAUUUCCUAACGAAAGACCUCCUUGGUCAGAUGAAUAUAAUGAACCAAUUAAUGAUAAAGAUACGUUUGAACUUCCUCAGAGUAAGGUAACGGAAACGAAAUCACCAGAAAACCCUAAUAUACUCAUUCGAAAGGCAAUACAAUGGGAAUGGGUUGAUCCAAAUUGGUGGAUUGAUACUGAGGGUACUGUUGAUAAAGAGGGUUGGGGAUAUUUCGAUAAUCGAUGGAAUAAUCCAUCUUCUAAAAGUGGAUUCAGAAGAUAUACUCGUAGGAGAAAAUGGAUCAGGACUGCUAAAAUGAUAGAAACGAUUCAAAACAUUGAGAAUCCUUCUAAUUCAACACCUACAUCUGAUGAAAAAAUCGAUCAUAUUGAAAAUAUUGAUGAUUCAUGUAUUAAUGACAAAUCUUCAUUGAACGACCACAAAGUCGAGGAUUCAAGCACUCAGAUAGAACAUCCUGACGAAAGCUUGACAGUAAAAGAAGCUUCAUCUUAA